AUGGCUUGGACAAACUACCAGCUGUUCCUUGCGGGACUUAUGCUAACAACUGGAUCCAUCAACACAUUAUCGGCAAAAUGGGCUGACAUGUUCUCAGCAAAGGGUUGCCAUGACGACCCCGAGCAUCCCUUCUCUCACCCAUUUUUACAGGCCGUGGGGAUGUUCCUGGGUGAGUUCUGCUGCCUUGUGGUUUUCUAUAUCGUGCUUUGCCACGACCGACGAAGCCCAGAGCCGAGAAUAAACCCGGGCCAGAGGUUCAACCCUCUCCUGUUCUUCCCUCCUGCGAUGUGCGACAUGUUGGCCACUUCCAUCAUGUACGUCGCCCUCAACAUGACGAGCGCCUCCAGCUUCCAGAUGCUUCGUGGAGCCGUCAUCAUUUUCACUGGUUUACUUUCUGUGGCGUUUUUGGGGCGCCGGCUCAUAGUCAGCCAGUGGGUGGGCAUAAUGAUCACCAUCCUGGGCCUGGUCAUAGUGGGACUCGCUGACUUUGUCACUGGCCACAAAGAUGAUUCGCACAAGCUGAGUGAUGUCAUCACUGGGGAUCUUCUGAUCAUCAUGGCUCAGAUUGUUGCUUCCGUGCAGAUGGUGCUGGAGGAGAAAUUUGUCUACAAACAUGAUGUUCAUCCUCUUCGCGCCGUUGGAACCGAAGGCUUAUUUGGUUUUAUUGUCCUGACGCUGCUGCUCAUCCCCAUGUACUUCAUCUACGUCGGCAGCUUCAGCAACAACCCUCGUCAAGUCCUGGAGGACUCGAUAGAUGCCUUCUGUCAGAUCGGACACAAGCCCCUCAUCCUUUUGGCUCUGCUGGGCAACACGGUCAGCAUCGCCUUCUUCAACUUCGCCGGGAUCAGCGUCACUAAAGAGAUCAGCGCCACCACCCGCAUGGUGCUGGACAGCCUGCGGACCCUGGUCAUCUGGGUGGUGAGCCUGGCGUUGGGUUGGGAGCAGUUCCAAGGCUUACAGGUUCUGGGCUUCUUGGUUCUCCUUCUGGGCACGGCGGUCUACAACGGACUGCACCGCCCCGUGCUGGCCAGGAUACCGUGGUGCGCGGCGAGGAUGGACUCGGAGGAGAGCAGUUCAGCAGAACGGGAACGGCUGCUGAAUGACGACAGGGUGCAGGGUGCAGACACAUAAAACUACGCAGACCUUUCACCGACGCCGUCAGUCGACCCGUGCACAUUUUCUGUUCAUUUUAAGUGCUCUUACUCAGUGAUGUAUUAAAAGUAAGAAGUGGAUUUUUUUUA